CCGGGUGCGGCGCGAUGCGGGGCGGCCGCCGCCUCUUCCCGCUGCUGCUCCUGGCGCUGCUGCCCGGGCUGUGCCACGGCAGGGAGUCGGCGCCGGGCGCCGUGACUUGCGGCUCGGUGCUGAAACUGCUCAACACCCGCCACAGCGUCCGGCUCCACUCGCAUGAGGUCAAGUACGGCUCCGGAAGUGGGCAGCAGUCAGUGACAGGAGUUGAAGCCUCAGAUGAUGCCAACAGCUACUGGCGGAUCCGUGGGAAGAGUGACAGCAGCUGCCAGCGUGGGACACCAGUGAAAUGUGGGCAAGCCAUACGACUCACCCACGUUAACACUGGGAAAAACCUGCACACUCAUCACUUCCCAUCACCACUCUCCAAUAACCAAGAAGUAAGUGCCUUUGGGGAUGAUGGCGAAGGAGAUGACCUGGAUUUCUGGAUUGUGCAGUGCAGUGGUUCUUACUGGGAGCGGGAGGAUGCCGUGCGCUUCAAGCACGUGGGCACCGAGGUGUUCCUGUCCAUCACGGGGGAGCAGUACGGGCACCCCAUCCGAGGCCAGCGCGAGGUGCACGGCAUGCCUGCUGCCAACCACCACAACUAUUGGAAAGCCAUGGAGGGAGUCUUCAUCAAACCCAGUCUGGACCCUGCAAAACACGAUGAGCUCUGAAUUGGCACAGGAUCCAAAACGCUUCGUGUGACUCCAGUGUUUGGAGAUGCUAAUCCUUGGUCUCUUCUAAGUCCUGCCUUGCCUGAGUGACUGAUUUUCUGUGUUACUGAAGGGCAUUAGUACAUUCUAGGAAUGCAGCACUUCUGUGGGGAAUGGCUUCUGCCAGGUUCGGCCGCUGACAUUUAUUUGGUGAAGUCCUUUCUGAAUUUCCAAGCUUUAUUGGUGAAACUAGUUCCUACAUCUGUUAGGUUUUGUUGUCAUUUGUUUGCUUGUUACUUUUUCUCGAAUUCGAAGGAAAUGAAAAAAUGAAAGUAAUACUUUCCUCUAGUCUCAAGUACAAUAAAACUUUGUAUUUUGUAAUCUUUUUCCAGCUAUAAUUAAAUAUUUAGAAACUGAUUUUUACAUCCUAGUGAAAGAAUGUUAUUGAUGAGGAGAUGGAUUGAGUGUGGAAAUGGAAAAAUGGUUCUGAAAUAUGGUGGUUUUUUUAUGACUUUCAGUCAGCUAUUCAGUCUUUGAGUUUAAAAAAAGUAUUCAUUUGAAAAUUGCAUCCAAUGUCUUAUGAGAGUUUCAUUCUGUAUUGUAUUGGAAGAUUUGAAAAUACUGUUUAUGUUGGAGUAAGAAGACAAAAUUUUAAUAGCUUUACUUUGUCCAAGAAAUUCAGAUGUUCUAGUAACGGUGGUACAGCUGAUUGUCCACUGGUAAGGCUGCUCUGCUCUGUGAACAGGUGCAGAAAACUGCUGCUUGCUUAACUAAUAUUGAAAUUUUACAGAGUUUCUCAUGGUGUAAAGGAAUGGUUAAAUUUGGCUUACUUCUGUGUCACUACAAGAUCAGUCUGACAAUCCAGGUGAAUAAAUAGUGAGGCAUACAUCUA